AUGACUAUGAUAUGGCAAUUGGCUAAUAUUGUAUCAGUUUUGGAGAAGAUAUGUGGGUUUAAAGCCUUGAUAAAGAGCAAGGAAUUAAUCAAGGGAAAAAUGGGAACUGCCUUUGCUUUAUUUUUGGUGAUGAACAUUUGUGCAUUGCCAAUUUCAGUAUUGCAGCAAAAAUUUGCUGGAUUUGGAAUAGUGGAGAGAAUUUGUUUUGGAAUUUCAAGUUUAGUGUUGUGGACUUUGAUUAUUCUUUUUGGGUUGGUUGUUCAUACAGUGUUUUACUUGGUGUGUAAAUCUUAUCACCAUGAAAGUAUUGAUAAGUCUUCAUUGGGUGAUCAUCUUGAUGAAUAUCUUGGUGAAUAUGUUGCAUUGAAGGAUGAAUCUAUACAGCUAGAGCAUCUCAAUGUGUAA